AUGGAAACUAAGAAAUUCACAAGGAAGGAGCUCGCCGAGCGCAAUUCUAGGGCCGACGCUGUUUUUAUCAAUGAAAACCUAGUGUAUGACGUUACGGAAUUCUUGGAUGAACAUCCUGGAGGUCACGAAGUGUUGUUAUCGGUCGCCGGUAAGGACGCGACCGAGAAAUAUCAGCGCGUCGGCCACAGUCAUGCAGCUAAGGAACAAAUGAAAAAAUACCUCAUCGGUGAGCUAGUGGACGAGGACAAGACAAUCGUGAAGAAAAUCAAUGAUAACCAGACCGUAGUAGAAACACCUGCGGAGUCAAGUAGCUUUACGAGCUCGUGGAAGUUCCUAGCGUUACUAGGUAUCAUCAUGACAGUCUUUUACACGUACCUGUUCGGUUAA